AUGCUUGGGCUCCGGGCCAAUGGCCUCUACCAGAUCCGCCUUGGUGAUUCUGCGCCGAUGAAAUGGUACAUCGACCUCAUUGCACGACACGACACCAUCGGCUUCAACCUCGUUUCCAUUCAUAUCCGUGUCCGCCAGCCUGUUGAGGAACAGCAUACCAUCCGCGCCUUCUCUCCUUCCCUUACCACCCGGUGCGCGCAGCGAGUAAAGAAACCGCACCUCGGGCCCGGCCUCCCCGCGGUCCUGCUCAGCCAUCACCUGCGACGUAGGCGCAAUGUCCGACGGCGGGUAGACGAAGCUGCCGCCUAUGCGGACCUGGACCUGGGUGCCAACGAGGCCGGGGAGCUGCUUGUCCCCAUUGGGCUCGUCCUCGCCCUCUUCUUCAUCGCCAGAGUCUUCGUUGCUGGUGCUGGUGGGUCGGCCCUGCCACAGGUAAGCCGCGGCCGGGUUGUCUGGCGAUUUCUGCACCGCGAGCUCCAAGUACGGCGUGACGGUAGAGUUGGAGCGCUGGGCCCGACUGGGCGGCGAGGUCACGGUGAAGCCGCCGGCUUUCUCGAUUCCUGGACAAAACACGUCGAGAAAUUGGCCGGCAAGGAACUAGCGUGGGGUGUAAAGUACACAUCAAUCAUCUCACCCUGA